CCGGGAGCGCGCGGGGGACGCUGGGAGCUGUAGUCCAGCGGCGCGGGGGCUGCCGGGAGCUGUAGUCCCGCGCCGUCCCGCCAUGCCCCGCGGGCCCGUAGACAUGGCGGCGGCGGCGGCGGCGGAGCGGCGGCGCUGAACGCGGGGCAGCGGCGAUGGCCGGAGAAGUGGCGGACAAGAAAGAUCGGGAUGCAUCCCCGGUGAAGGAGGAGAGGAAACGUUCCCGGUCUCCGGAGCGGGAACGGGAGCGGGAACGGGAGCGCAAGGGCUCCCCCCCGGCCAAGGAGCGGAAGCGCCACCGAUCCCGGGAGCGGCGCCGGAGCCGCUCUCGCUCCCGGUCCCGCUCCAAGUCCACGGAGAGGGAUCGGCGGCACAAGGAGCGGGAGCGGGAGCGCGGCAAGAAGGAGCGGGACAGGGACAAGGAUGGGCACCGGCGUGACAAGGACCGCAAGCGCUCCAGUUUGUCCCCGGGCAGGGGGAAGGACUCCAAGUCUCGGAAGGAUCGGGAGGCACGGAAAGCGGAGGAAGAGGAGGAAAAUGCCCUGAAGAAGGAGAAGGCGCAGCCGCUGUCCUUGGAGGAGCUGCUGGCGAAGAAGAAGGCAGAAGAGGAGGCAGAAGCCAAGCCCAAGUUCCUGUCCAAGGCGGAGCGCGAGGCCGAGGCCCUGCGGCGGCGGCAGCAGGAGGUGGAGGAGCGGCAGCGGCUGCUGGAGGAGGAGAGGAAGAAGAGGAAACAGUUCCAGGAGAUGGGCAGGAAGAUGCUGGAAGACCCCCAGGAGCGCGAGCGCCGGGAGCGCCGCGAGCGCAUGGAGCGGGAGACCAACGGCACUGAGGACGAGGAGGGCAGGCAGAAGAUCCGGGAGGAGAAGGACAAGAGCAAAGAGCUCCACGCCAUCAAGGAGCGGUACCUGGGCGGGGUGAAGAAGCGGCGGCGCACGCGGCACCUCAACGACCGCAAGUUCGUGUUCGAGUGGGAUGCGUCAGAGGACACGUCCAUCGACUACAACCCCCUGUACAAGGAGAGGCACCAGGUGCAGCUGCUGGGCCGCGGCUUCAUCGCUGGCAUCGACCUGAAGCAGCAGAAACGGGAGCAGUCGCGGUUCUACGGCGACCUGAUGGAGAAGAGGAGGACGCUGGAGGAGAAGGAGCAGGAGGAGGCGCGGCUGCGGAAGCUGCGGAAGAAGGAGGCCAAGCAGCGCUGGGACGACCGCCACUGGUCGCAGAAGAAGCUGGACGAGAUGACGGACAGGGACUGGCGCAUCUUCCGCGAGGAUUACAGCAUCACCACCAAGGGGGGCAAGAUCCCCAACCCCAUCCGCUCCUGGAAGGACUCCUCGCUGCCCCCCCACAUCCUGGAGGUCAUCGACAAGUGCGGAUACAAGGUGGGCACGGGGAGGGCGAGCUGGGGAAAAGGAGGGAGCCUGCGUGUGCAACGGGGGCACCGGGAUGUGCGCGGGGCGGGCACCGGGGGCACGGGGCUGGGUGUGCAAGUGACACGCUCGGGGGGCCCCGCCGCGCGUGUCCCCGCCAUGCCGGUGCGGGUGUCCGUGUCCGCGCGCGUGCCGCCGGCCGGGAGCGCCCGGGAGCGGAUCCGGGCGGGGGGGGGGGGGGGAGGGGGGGCGGGCACCGGCCGGGGCGGGCCGGGGCUGCGCGGCCGCGACCGGGACCGGGGCCGCCACCGCCACCGGGGGCCCGGCCUGGGCGAGAUGGGGCGGCGGGAACGCGGCGCGGCCGCCGUGUAG